AAGCAAAACAUUAGGAAAAACAAUAAUAAUUAUUAAAAAUAAAUAAAAAAUUAAAGAAACAUAUAGUUGGCUUCCAAUUGGGAGAUAGAUUAGAAAGAAGAGCUGAUUUCUCAGCUAACAAUCGCAUUUUGGGGAUGUUCUUCUUUCAGUUUCACACAUAAAUAAUUACACACAAUCCCAAUCCCAAUCAAAAUCAAAAUCAAAAUCAGAAGCAGGAUAUAUUAUUAAUGGCGACGACGUCGUUUAAUUGGAAUUGGGUUAGAAUUACUCUCCUUCUUCUCCUCAUCGCCGCCAUCGCCUUUGCUUGCUUUACUCUUCCUGUCGAAAAGACAUUGAAGGACUUCUUGUUAUGGGUGGAGAAUGAUCUUGGUCCUUGGGGUCCUCUUGCAUUGGCUGUUGCGUAUAUCCCUUUAACGAUUCUUGCAGUUCCCGCAUCAGUGCUUACUCUGGGUGGUGGUUAUCUGUUUGGUUUGCCAAUGGGUUUUCUUGCUGACUCUAUUGGUGCGGUGAUAGGUGCAACUGCAGCAUUCCUUCUUGGCAAAACAAUUGGGAGAUCAUAUGUCAUUUCUAAGUUAGGUGAUUAUCCACAGUUUCGAGCAGUUGCUAUUGCUAUUCAGAAAUCCGGAUUUAAGAUUGUGCUGUUGCUUCGACUUGUUCCACUACUUCCAUUUAACAUGUUGAAUUACCUUUUAUCCGUAACACCGAUUUCUAUAUGGGAGUAUGUGAUGGCUUCAUGGUUGGGAAUGAUGCCAAUUACCUUCGCACUUGUAUAUGUUGGAACAACUUUGAAGGAUCUAGCUGAUGUUACCCAUGGAUGGAGUCAGUUUUCCAAAACUCGUUGGGCACUUGUUAUUCUGAGUUUUGUGGUGUCUGUGAUCUUAAUGGUGGUUGUUACCAAAGUUGCAAAGUCGGCUCUUGAAAAAGCUUUGGCUGAAGGUAUUGAUAUAGAUGGCGGUGUCGCCGAUAGCUCAUCUGUUGUGGAGGAAGCGCGGGUAGAUAUUCAUGAGUCACUACUAGUCAAAGGUUGAUUCUUGUUUAUGAACAAUGAAUCAAAGGCAGUUAAAUGUUUUCUUUCUUAUUUAUACAUUUUAUGUAUAGUUGAUUUCCCAGUCUUACCAUUUGUAGUACAGCGUCCACGAAAGUGUUGUAGAUGAUUAACUUAUAUUACUGAUUUAUAUGGUACGUCGUUUCAUUUUUUUAAUGGACAA